AUGGGCUCUACCAACAUAAUGUGCGACUUCUUCUACGUUGAUGCCGUCUCGCCACACCGUCAGAGCAAUGUGAAGCCAGCCUUCGCGCCGCUUUCCCAGACGUGGGUGAAGCCAGAACUGCUUGAGAACAGCACCGCUACCUUCCUCGACUCAAUUCUGUACACCGACUGCAACGGCACUGCUGCGGCGCAGAUGUGGCUGCGAGUCGACCAAGACCAUUACCGUCAGCUGGGAGCCGCACUGUCCGUCUCUUCCCUCGUGGCGGCGUGUCGGGUACCGCUGGUUUGUCCCAGUCGCGCAGAUGUCCCCAUCAUCGGCGGAGCGGCCGUGCUAGUUGAUGAUGCAUCAUCAGUCGCUGGUCAGUUUCACCUCAUCUACCCGUGCGUCAGCAGCACCGACACGUCGCUCCGUGAGGUGGUGCACAGCUGGAAUGGGGUACAGCUCUCCGUGACCCGCAAGCGAGCACUCCUCAGCGUGGCGGGCACGACUCCUCCUUACGCUGCGACUGUCGUGGUGAACGAGGCUGCCACUGCAGGCGUGUUUGUGCUUGAGUGGGGCGCCUACCAUCGCGCUGAUGCCUUCCAUGUUCGAACUGACGCGGCUGUGCGUCAAGGGCUGGUUGCUCCGGUUACUGUGCUGCAGAUGCGAGCGCCGCUCAUGGAGGGAGAGACGGCACCCCAGAGUCUUCGACAUGGAUGCCUGACGGAGUCACUGGUAGGCUUCAUUGUGCACGAACCGUACCGGCAACGCUUCAUCUUCUCUCUCGCCUCCAUCCCCUCCACCGACGCUCAAGUAUCGUGCGGUGAGAUGCAGACAGUGCUGGAGAUGAGCACCGCCACUCCUUACGAUGCUGAUGAGGCACUUGUCCCCUGCUGCGGCCUUGCGCAGCGCCUGGUGUACACCGACUGCGCCUUGACGCGCACCCACCUCCAUGCCUCCCCUCUUCUGGAGGUCACGCAGGUGGUGCUGAGCGUACGUGUGGAGGGGGCGCUUUCUCGACCAUCGCUUCUCUCGCCCAUGAGCAACGUGACGUGGCAGUUGUGUGGCUCGCAGCGCUACGAGGCCACCGUGAUUCGGCUGCAGCGGCCUCUAGAGGAGCGACCGAGUUGGGUUGUGGGGCCACUGCGCGCCGUCUCAUCGAACCAGCCGUGUGUGGGUAGCACCUUGGACCAUGCCGGAUCUGUAGCAACGUUGGCGCGGCGGAGCUCUGAUGCUGAGAGCAGAAGCCAAAUGCGACGCGUUACGUGUGCCGUUGAGGAGCACUUUUCGAUCUUUUCACGCCACGAAGGCUACUCCGUUGGUUGCGUUAGUCAUCGCUGCUCUCUCACACUCUCCGCCGGGGCCAUUUACUCAACGUACUCGUACCGUCCGCAAAGAGUGGGGACGAUGCACGAAUCACGCAGCUGCCGCAGAAUGGCCGCGACGUGGUGGCAGUCCCCCCCGCUGUGGCUGUCCCGCACGGCGUGCCGCAUCACGAAUUACAGCCUUUUUGAACUCUCUGCGCUGUACGCCCUCAUCGUGAUAGUCUGUUUCUUUGCUCACCUGCUGCUGCGGGGCAGCGGGAGAGGGGAUGGGAGAGGCGUCCUCUUUACCAGGCCUGCCAUCGCCUAG